UUCACGCUUGCGGGGCCACCGCUGCGAGGGUCGCGAAGUGUGGGCGAAAGCCUCGGAUGGUUCGCGCGUGGACGGACGGGCGUGGGCGUGAGGGGUCUGGGCGCGCGAGUGCGCGUGGCGGCCCAGGGCGCGCGUGUGAGGCGACGGGGACGCGCGGCGAGGCGCGGGGGUGUGCGCGGAGAGUCCGCCAGGCUCUGCGGUCACGCCCGCUCUGCGGCGCCUCCCCCGGAGACCCGGCUCUUUUCGAAGAGCCGUUGCUGCCACCGUCGUGACGGGAUUGCUCCCUGUCGACCUUGCAGAGCUUCUCGCAGAGAUGACGCUGAUGUACACACUCCAGGGAGUGGGAGAGACGGAAGGCGGAGAAGCCAAGUACCAUAUCUAAGUCGAGAAUUCUGAGGGCUUGACCCCAGGCCGUGGCAGUGGAAUCCAGCAUAAGAGAUAUUUAGGAGAGCAGAUUUACAGACUUCUGCUUCUGGCCAAGAUGGAGUAACAGGGAGUGGAUUUACCUUCUUGCCCAAACAACCCAACAACAAAAAGACAAAGUACAUGAAACAAUUGUUUGAAGACGCUGGAUGUCAGACCAUGCAGGACAGCCAUCCCUGUGAGGUGGAACACCAACGAGCUUUGCCUUUUCAGAUCCGUCAUUACUUGGGAAAGCAUCAUCACGAACGCAGAGGGCAUGGAGCCCAAGUCACUGACUGCCCGGUCCCCUACACUAGUGACCUUCAAGGAUAUACAUGUGAACUUCACCAGAGAGGAGUGGAAUCUCCUGGAUGCUGCUCAGCAGAUCAUGUACAAAGAUGUGAUGCUGGAGAACUACAAGAAUCUGGUGUCCGUGGGACAUCAGCUUCCCAAGCCAGAUGUGAUCCUCCAGUUGGAGAAAGGGGAAGAGCCAUGGCUCGUAGAGAGAGGCGUUCGCCAAGACACCCAUCCAGAUUGGGAUACUGCAGUUGAAAUUAAGUCAAUUUCCAAUAAGAACAUUUCUAAAGGUAAACAAUCCUAUGACAUUAAAACGGAAGGAAUGGCAAAGAGUGAUCUCUGGUAUCUGUCAUUAGAAGAAGUCUGGAAGUGUGAAGACCAGUUGGACAAGUAUCAGGAAAGCCAGGAGGGGCAUUUGAGGCAAGUGGCAUUCACCCAAAAGAAAGUACUUACUCCAGAGAGAGUCAGUGGAAAUGGUAAAUUUGGGGGAAACUGUCUCCUUCCUGCUCAACUGGUACUGACAGAGUACUUCCAUAAACAUGAGUCACGUGCUAAAAGUUUAAAAGGUGAUUUGGUUUUCAGGGGUCAUCAGGAAAGCUAUGUAAGUAAUAGCAGUGAAUGUGGCCAACCCUUCUGUCAGAACAUUCACCUUAUUCAAUUUGCAAGAACUCAAACAGGAGAUAAAUCCUACAAAUGCCCUGAUAAUGGUAACUCUCGUAGUCAUGACAUGUCCCUUGGUGUAUCAAAGGGUAUACACAGAGAGAAACCCUAUGAGUGUAAGGAAUGUGGGAAAUUUUUCAGCUGGCGGUCUAAUCUUACUAGGCACCGGCUUAUUCAUACUGGAGAAAAACCCUAUGAAUGUAAAGAAUGUGGGAAAUCUUUCAGCCGGAGUUCUCACCUCCUUGGACAUCAGAAAACUCACACUGGUGAAGAACCCUAUGAAUGUAAAGAAUGCGGAAAAUCUUUCAGCUGGUUCUCUCACCUUGUCACCCAUCAGAGAACUCAUACAGGAGACAAACUAUACACAUGUAGUCAGUGUGGGAAGUCUUUUGUCCAUAGCUCCAGGCUUAUUAGGCACCAGAGAACUCAUACUGGAGAGAAACCUUAUGAGUGUUCUGAAUGUGGGAAAUCUUUCAGACAGAGCACACAUCUCAUUCUGCAUCAGCGAACUCACGUUCGAGUGCGACCCUAUGCAUGUAAUGAAUGUGGGAAGUCUUACAGCCAGAGAUCUCACCUCGUCGUACAUCAUAGAACUCACACUGGACUGAAACCCUUUGAGUGCAAAGAUUGUGGAAAAUGCUUCAGUCGAAGUUCUCACCUUUUCUCACACCAGAGAACCCACACUGGAGAGAAACCAUAUGAAUGCCAUGACUGUGGAAAAUCCUUCAGCCAGAGUUCUGCCCUCAUUGUACAUCAGAGAAUUCAUACUGGAGAGAAACCAUAUGAAUGUUGUCAGUGCGGGAAAGCCUUCAUUCGGAAGAAUGACCUUAUUAAGCAUCAGAGGAUCCAUGCUGGAGAAGAAACCUAUAAAUGUGACCAAUGUGGAAUCCUCUUUAGCCAGAGCUCUCCACGUAUAGUCCAUCAGAUUGCUCACACUGGAGAGCAGUUCCUAACAUGUAAUCGCUGUGGGUCAGCACUUGUCAACAACCCUAACCUUAUUAGAUACCAGACAAAUCAUAUUAGAGAAAAUACUUAUUAAUGUAAUGAACAUGGGAAAUGUCUCAUAAAGAACAAUAACUUUAUUUAGCUUUGGAGAACUCCUAGAGAGGAACUGUGCAGAUGUAGUCCCUGUGGAAAUGCUUUCAGUCUUGUUGCUACCCUUUUCCGUGCUAGACACUUGGUCUUAGAGUGGGGGGGGACCCCACAGAUUUCACUUUAGUACACAAAUACAUUAGAUUUUAUUCUUUCCUCAAACUUAAUGAAGGAAUUGGCCUGGGAGCAUUGUUGACCAAGCUCUGAGCACUAAAAUCUGAUAAGGAACCACUAAGUAGGUGAGUUGUUGAGAGGCAAUGCAGCUUUCUUACCUUCUUUAAAAAAGUAAACAAAUAAUGAUAAUGCUGCUUCAAAAAGGUAAAUGACAGUUGUUACUGAGAAAAAUAGAAAAUUGACAGCUAUUAUAACAAAAGAUGGAAAAUAAUAUUCCAGUGAAUUGAUAGGCCAUUUUUACUCUCGUCUCGGAUACUUAAUGUUGUGUGACUUGUUUUAUGUGUCUGAUGUGACCAUGUUUUGGUUAGUCAGGAAAAUGAAAAUCCUUAUAAUGGAAAACAACACAUUUGCUAGUAGUAGUACCUAUUGUGAAAUAUAUUUGCAUGUGGGCAAGAACUGAAAAAGUGUCUAGGGAUAAGUGAAUAGAAUGGAUUUGUUAGAUAACGGGAUAAUGAGUGAGUUUUAUAGUUUAUUUGGUGUUACUGCAAUACUUUAAUGAAGGUAUUUUUAAAUAUAAAAAAGGAUAUCUAGUUUCUGUAUUCCACCAUUAAGGAAGCUUAAGAGGCACCUAAUAGCAAACUUUGCCAUUAAUUCUAAAUUAUUUUGGGUUAUAGAGUUGUAUUCUUUGAACAGGGCACUAAAGUCUCCUGUGAAUUUGAAAAUAGUGAUUCUCUGGACUUUGGGACCUAGAGGAACUUAGGGUAUUUCGAACACACCAGGGAGGGUCUCCGUUUUGAGUGGGAGCAGGCACCUGGGUAAUACUUGGAACAAGUGUGCUCGGGAUGUAAACACAGCACUACCCAAAAAGCACCUUCCUUCCAAAGUAGUCUUUUGUCUUUACAAAGAAGACUUGGGCCCUGGCCAGUAUGGCUCAGUUGGUUGGGCCUCAUCCCACAAAUGAAAAGGUCACAAGGUGAAUCCCCUGUCAGAGUACAUGGCUAGGUUGAGGGCAAACAAUGGAUGUUUCUCUCUCACAUUGAUGUUUCUGUGCUUCUCUUUCCCUCGCUCUAAAAUCAAUAAGCAUGUCCUCAGGUGAGGAUAAAGGGGAAAAAAGCAGACUUGGUGAUUAAGAGUAUUAAGCUUAAGUUAGACUUAAGUUCAAAGCCCACCUCUGCCCUAAAUUUGCUGGGCAAACUUAGGCAUGCUACCUAGCUCCUCUGUGCCAACUUGUGGAUAUCCUCUGUGAAUUAGAGAUAAUAUUACUUACCUUGUAGGGUUGUGGUGAGAAUUAAAUCAGUAAACAUAUAAACAGUUUAGAAUAGUGCCUGGCAUACUAAGUGCUUUACAGUUAUUAACUGUGAUUAUUAAUAUUGUUAUUGCUUCACCCUAGUGUCAUUUAAAACUUCCUGAGUGCUAAUAAGAACUCCUUGAAUUCUCAAUUCCCUUCCGGUCAUACAUGUUUUUCCCUUUUAGAUACAUCAGAAUUUAUCAACAUGAGGAUAUCACUGACCCAUAGUGGGUGUAUGGAUUCAUUUCUGAGGAUCAAUUAACAAAUUUUAAAAUUUUAUGCAAAAUCAUUGUGUUCAUGCAAAGGUUUUUCUUUUCUUGGGAGAGGAUCCUAAUCUACAGAUUCUCUGGUAAGUCCAUAAUUUGGGAAGAGAAUCUGUCUUAAUUCUGUUUCAUUGUAUAAAUGGCUCUCCUAUGUGUAGGGACUGACCAUUAUUUGCCAUUUUCUGGCAAACAAAAUAUCUGUUAAAUGCUCAGUGAUUGAUUUUUGAAUGAUAAAUAUUGAGACCAAACAAAAUCUUUAUAUCUUUCCCAGGAGAAAAAUCUAGAAACGAUUGUUAGCAUCAUGAGACAGCAGAACUACAAGGAACAUGGACUGUUUAACUCAUGCUCUUCAUGGUACAGUUGAGACACUGUGAGUUGGCCCAGGGCCUCACGUUUUGAGUGAAGUCAGACCCAGACCUGGGUCGCAGGUCCCUCGAUCACUGCUGCUCUCUCAGUGCUCAUGUGCCAUCAACACACGUGACGUAUUCCUCCCAGAGCCAGUUUUCACCGUGAGCAGGGGCUCUUUGUGGGAAUGCAAGAGGAGUCCCUUCACUGAGCCCUGUGGGCUUUCUAUGGCCAGUGGAUCACUUUUUCUCAACUGUAAAAUGGAGGUACUACUAGUAUCUACCUCAGAGAGUUGGGUGGCUUAGUGUGAUAACGUGUAUAAUGUAUUUACAACAGUGUCUGGCACGUAGUAGAUGCUGUAUGUGUUGGAAUGUGGGAGGAGAUGUCUUUAUGGAUGAUCAAUGAAAUGUUACUUAUGAUAGUGCAAAAUUUACAAUAUAUAAAUGUAUAAUAGCAAAAGGAUUAUAGUAUAUCUAUGUAAUAUGCAGACAUUAAAAUUAUGCAAAGAAAGUUUGGUAACUUAGGAAAAAUGUUGAUGCUGUCAUGUGUUAGGAAAAAGCAUGGUAAAUAAUUUUUCAUAUGAAAUAAGCUCAAAUAUGUAAAAAAAUAAAUGAACUGUAAAAAAUGAA